UAUUAGGAUAAGAUUGACUAUACAUUCAUAACUGAAAAACAUAAAGUGUCAACCACCUCAACAAAUUAAAUUAAACUCAUCCUUUAACUUAAACAAUAAUUAUUCAUCAAUAUUUAGAGGCAGCCCACUACUACAUAUAGUUGUUGUUAUAUUAUGCCUCCAACAGAGAAGAAAACAUUAGAGAAAGAAAGAUUAUCAGAAUGAUGUUUGAUAAUGAAGAUGGUAGUGAAGUAAAGAAAGUUGUGGUGGUAGAAGAAAAGUAUUGUUAUGAGGAAAAAAGAGAAUUAACAGUGCACAAAACUUCAAUGUUUAGUGAAGGAGAUGGGUUCAUUGUGUAUGAUUCAACUGGUGUUAUCCUCUUCCGAGUUGACUCGUAUGGUCCUGCUAAAAAUCGACUCAUUCUUAUGGAUAAUGUUGGCAAACCUCUCCUUACUCUCCUCCCUAAGAGGCCUACACUUCAUCAUAGGUGGGAAGGAUUCUUGGGGGAGAAAUCAGACGAUCAACAACAGCUACCCAUCUUUGCCAUAUGGAAGUCAACAAUGAUUGGACGGUCCAACAUGAUAGUAGAAGUGAACAAUGGGUCCCAUGCAGUGUACCAGAUUGAGGGAUCUUUCAGUGAGAGAAGUUGCACAAUAUUUCAUGUUCCCUCAGAAUCAUCAGAUAAUGAAACGUCCAAAAUAUCAGUGGCUCAGAUCAAACGAAAAGUAGAGCCCACAAGAAAGAUGGUUCUAGGAAGAGAUGUUUUCAGUCUCUUUCUCAAGGCUGGCUUUGAUGCUGCUUUUGCUAUGGGAUUGGUUUUAGCACUUGAUAGAAUUGAUGGUGAUGAUGCUAUUGCAACCCCCUCUAAAUGUCACAAAGAAUUUGGAACAUAGGAGUGUAUUAAUAUAGAAAAAGAAAAAAAUAAUAUUGGAUCUGAUAGAUAUCCGUUUAUUAAUAGUUUCCAGUUUAUUGUUUUGUAAAUUCAUAGAUUCUUCAUAUUAUAUCUAUGAUGUUAGUUUUGUGA